AGGCUCAGCUGAGCUAUAAAAAGGCAUAGCAUGGGGGAGGGAGGGCUGCCGUGCAGCAGGAACUGUGCAGACACACACACACGGGGAUCCAGGGACAGCAGCCCCUUGCACUGGGAUCUAGAGCCACAGCACGAAAGAGAGUUAAAGGAAAACACUCAUCUAACGCAAAACAAUGGCAGACAAAAUUAAAGAUGCCAAGAUCAUCUUUGUUGUGGGUGGGCCUGGCUCUGGAAAGGGCACCCAGUGUGAGAAGGUAGUUGCAAAGUAUGGCUACACUCACCUGUCAUCUGGGGAUCUGCUCCGUGCUGAGGUGGCUUCUGGCUCUGAGAGGGGCAAGCAGCUCCAGGCCAUCAUGCAGAAGGGAGAGCUUGUGCCCCUGGACACAGUCUUAGACAUGAUUAAGGAUGCCAUGAUUGCCAAGGCUGAUGUCUCCAAGGGCUUCCUUAUUGAUGGCUACCCUCGUGAGGUGAAGCAGGGCGAGGAGUUUGAGAAGAAGAUCGGCAAACCUUGCCUGCUGCUGUACGUUGAUGCAAAAGGAGAGACCAUGGUCAAGAGGCUUUUGAAGCGUGGUGAGACCAGCGGCCGUUCUGAUGAUAAUGAGGAGACCAUCAAGAAGCGCCUGGACUUGUAUUACAAAGCAACUGAGCCAGUCAUUGCCUUUUAUGAGAGCCGUGGCAUUGUCAGGAAGGUUGACUCUGAGCUGCCAGUGGAUGAGGUCUUCAACCAAGUCUCCAAGGCUAUUGAUGCACUGUAGUAAAACAACUAGAUGAGUUGUGUCUGGUUGUUGUUUUAUUUUUUAUUUUCUCAGUAUCAUUUUCAUAAGGACAAAAUGUGAACAACAACAGAAAUAAUACCCUUCCCACUCAUCUUGGUUUAAAAACUGAAGGACAUUAAGGAUCAAAGAUGCCUUAACUCUACUCCUACUCCAGCAAUAGGGAUCUACAGUUUUAAGCUCACAGUGAAUCUGCUUAAAGCAGCAUCUGGAAAUCUAUUUGUUUAUUUACACAAGUCUUGCUUCCAUUCUGUGCUGAACAUGUAUGUGGAUGUAUCCAAGUGACAUCUCAAAAGGUAUUUUAUACAGGAAGUGUCAACCAUCUCCUAACCUUUAAGGUACCAUGCUCACUCUGGGGCAAACCUGCACUUUACACAAUCUUUUCCCCCUUUUUAACCCUGCCAUAAGGAGUCCAGAGUUUGUGGGAAAAUAAUAGACUCUGUUAUGAUUGUGCCAUUGAACAAUGGCAGAGAUCACCCACUGUGAACUGGUGAAACGCUGCAUACAUGUACAUUGACAGAACUUUUAAAUUACUUUUUUCAACCACCAUGGACGUCAUACAUUUACAACUAUAUUUGAAGCACAGAAACAAUCUAGUUUUUCCAUCAAGAUAUACACAUGGUGUAUGGGUGUCUAUAAAGUGGUAUAUGUAAAAAAAGAAAAUUAAAGUAUGAGGAAAAACUGG